AUGGAAAGUUUAUCUAACAAUCUAAAAGAAAUAAAUAGACUUCAAAAAUAUCCACCACUUCCGCUAACAAAUGAAGACAAAAACCAAAUUUCAAAUGCAACCAUUUGUCAUAUUUGUGAAACUGAGUUGGCAAAACAUUUUUAUGAUUUUGAUUGGUACACUGGUAGUUUUAUAGGUGUUGCUCAUGAAUCAUGUUGUUCGAAGAUCAGAACACCUAGUUAUAUACCAAUAUUUUUACACAACCUUAGUCACUAUGAUGCUCAUUUUAUUGUUCACGCGUUAAACUUUUGUGAUGGUGAAGUCGAAGUUAUCCCUCAAAAUAAAGAAAAAUAUAUAUCCUUUUCCAAAAAAUUAAAAGUGAAUAACCACGAAAUUAUAUUGAGAUUCUUAGAUUCAUUUAAGUUUUUAUCGUGUAAAUUAGAAGAAUUGGCCAAAAAUCUCAGUAAUGAUCAAUUUCAAGAAUUACGUAGAAAUUACCCUAAUGAUGAAGAUUUCUUUCGUUUAAAACGGAAAGGUGUUUAUCCAUAUGAACUUAUGACUAAUUAUGAUAGUUUAAGUCUAACAUCGCUCCCUGAACAAAAAUGUUUUUAUAGUUCACUCACAGAUUCACAUAUUUCAAAUGAUGAUUACAAUCAUGCUAAAGAUGUUUGGGAACAUUUUGGGUGUUGUAAUAUGCUAGAUUAUUCAAACCUAUAUUUAAAAACAGACGUUUUACUUUUAUCCGAUGUAUUUGAAAACUUUAGAAAGUUAUGUAUUAAUACAUAUGAUUUAGACCCUGUCCAUUAUUACACAGCACCCGGUUUAAGUUGGGAUGCAAUGUUAAAAUAUACAAAAAUAGAAUUAGAACUUUUAACAGAUUAUGAGAAAAUUGCAUUUAUUAGAUCAGGUAUCAGAGGUGGUGUAUCUCAAUGUAGUAAUCGUUAUGCUAGAGCUAAUAACAAAUACAUGGAGGAUUAUGAUACAGGGAAACCAAAUUCAUAUAUCACAUAUUUUGAUGCCAACAAUUUAUAUGGUUGGGCUAUGUCUCAAUAUCUUCCUACUGGUGGAUUCGAAUGGGUAAAUCCAAAUACAGAAUUUAAUGUGUCUAAGACAUCAGACUUCGGUUUUAUUUUAGAAGUUGAUUUGGAAUAUCCAGAUGAACUUCAUGAUUUACAUUCGGACUUUCCUUUAUGUCCAGAAAACAUUUGUGUAGGCAAUAUUAAUGAGAAUAAACUAGUCCCAAAUUUAAAUAAUAAAGAUAAAUAUGUAAUUCAUUACAGAAAUUUAAAGCAGUGCAUAGAAAUGGGGGUUAAAUUAACUAAAAUUCAUAGAGUUUUAAAAUUUAAACAGUCUCCCUGGUUGAAGAUGUACAUAGAUCUAAACACAAAAUUAAGAACUUUAGCAAAAUCAGAUUUCGAAAAAGAUUUUUAUAAAUUAAUGAAUAAUUCAGUCUUCGGUAAGACUAUGGAGAAUAUUGAAAAAAGGGUUAACAUAAAAUUAGUUACGCACUGGGAGAACCAGGGUAAAGCUUUAGGUGCUCAAGAUCUAAUCGCUAAACCACAAUUUCAUAGCCUUUCAAUAUUUUCGGAAAACCUAGUUGCGGUUCAGUUGCGAAAAACGAAGUUAAUAUAUAACAAACCAAUUUAUUUAGGGUUUUGCAUUUUAGAUAUUUCAAAAACAUUAAUGUAUGAUUUUCAUUAUAACUAUAUGAUUAAAAAGUUUAGUAAAAUCAAAUUAUUGUAUACAGAUACGGAUAGUUUAAUAUAUCAUAUAUUUACAAAUGAUUUUUACACUGAUAUAAAACCUGACCUUUCAUCAUACUUUGAUACCUCAGAUUAUGAUACAAAUAAUAUUUUUGAAUAUCCAAAAUUAAAUAAAAAGAAAUUAGGUUUUUUUAAAGAUGAAAAUAAUGGUAAAAUCAUGAAAGAAUUUGUGGGUUUACGAUCCAAAAUGUACGCUUUUAACUUAGAGAAUAAGACUAUAGCCAAGGCAAAAGGGGUAAAUAAAUGUAUCACUAAAAAGAUGACAAUGAAUAGUUAUAAGUCUUCUCUAUUUAAUAAAAAAGUGCAAUAUUAUAGUAUGCUUAGAUUUAAAUCAAUUAAACACACAAUUUUCACACAAAAAUUAAAUAAGAUAGGUUUAUCAUAUAAUGACACAAAGAGACAUAUUUUAGAUAAUAAUAUUGAAACAUUAGCUUGGGGUCAUUAUAAACUGCGUUAA